UAAGAAGUUAUUCUUCAAUCCAUCUGUUUAUUAAUGAAGUUUCAUUGCUAAUGAAUAUUCAUGAAGUCUCUGAAUGCCUGCCGCGUGUGGUACUUGCCCUGGAGCACUGACAUCAUAAGCAGUUUCUACUUCCAGAGAAUUUACAGUCUUGUAGUCUUGGACCCUGAUUCACACUGGCUCCUCUUUCAAGGCGAGGUUUAGUUCAAUAGGCCUGGUUAUAAGCAGCCGGAAAAAUCGGUAGGAUUUCUUCAUCAGGCAGACGGAACCAAUUAGCUGAAUGAUCAGUGGGAAAAGACUUUGUGGCAAGUAUCUAUCUGAUUGGCACUGAACCUGAGAAAACAAUUCCUAUUGUUCCCUGUCCAGAUGAAGACCUGUUUGGUGUCAGCAUGGUGGUCCCAUUGCUGAAUCUUCAUGUCAGAUCCCUUGGAGUAAGUCCCGUAGUGGCUGGAAUAGUAGGCUCCUCAUACGGCAUUUUGCAACUCUUCUCCAGCACCUUUGUGGGCUGCUGGAGUGAUGUGGUCGGAAGACGGUCCUCCUUACUGGUGUGCAUUCUGCUUAGUGCCCUGGGCUAUCUCCUCCUCGGAAUGUCCACCAAUGUGUUCCUGUUUACGCUGGCUAGAGUCCCCGUGGGUGUUUUUAAACACACCCUCUCCAUCUCCAGAGCACUGCUUUCUGACCUGGUCACAGAGAAGGAGAGACCACUUGUCCUGGGACAGUUCAACACAGCCUCGGGCAUAGGCUUCAUCUUGGGCCCUGUGGUUGGUGGUUAUCUGACUGAACUGGACGGUGGGUUCUAUGUGACAGCCUUCAUUUGCUGCUCUGUCUUCCUGCUCAAUGCUGGUCUAGUCUGGCUGUUACCUUGGAGAGACAAUGGUUGGAGCUUGGAUGGGAAGCACACCACAGAACCCAUAAAGUCAGAAGGAACACUACAGGGAGGAGCAGCCACCACCUCUACUGCCAGGAGGAGUGAGAGGACAGUGCAGGCACCCUGGGUUGAAGUCAUGUUGGCCUUGAAAGACAUGAAGAACCUGAUCUUUUCUGCACUGUGGGAUGUAUUCCUCAUGCGUUUGCUGAUGGGUGUGGCCGUCAUGCUGUACUACAGUAACUUUGUCUUAGCCCUGGAGGAGCGUUUUGAGGUACGGCCCAAGACCACGGGGUACCUCAUCAGCUACACCAGUGCGCUGGGCACCCUGGCUGGCUUUGCUGUGGGACCCAUUCUACGGCUGUACAAGCACAACUCGUACAUGGUACUCCUGCACUCCAAUGUUCUCACCUGUCUGCUGCUGGUGGUCUACUCCACGACCUACUCCAUGGCCAUGGUGGUCUUCUCCUCGACGCUUCUGUCCUUCUCCACCACCAUUGGGAGAACCUGCAUCACGGACCUCCAGCUGAGUGUGGGUGGAGCCCAGGCCAGCGGCACCGUCAUAGGUGUGGGCCAGUCCGUGACUGCGGUGGGCCGCAUCCUUGCCCCUCUUCUCUCUGGAGUGGCUCAGGAGAUCAGUCCCUGUGGCCCCCCAAGCCUGGGUGCUGCUUUAGCCCUGGUGGCUAUUUUAAUCAUGACUCUAAACAGACCUCCCAUCAGUGGGGACGGGAGUGAGAGACUCAAACAGGAGUAGGAUUGGGACCACUUGGAGAAGCAGAUGUAGAAUCAGGUAACUCUGGGUCAAAGAUGGGCACUUCAGAGACAGUGGGUGGUCCAAGUGUAGUUAUUCCCACAUGGCUGAGCCGGGUCCUCGUCUGCACAGGCAUGCCAGCAGACCCAUCAGAAGUCAGCCGCAGAUAAGGAAGUUUAGACUGAGCAUAGCGCUGCCCUGUGUCAGAAGCUUGCCUGAGAGGCUUCUCUUCCCACCUGGGCACAGUAGAGUUAACAUUUGCUCUUAGGGAAAGGCAGCAUGCUAAGAGAGGUAGGAGAAGGAAUGUGGAGAGAAGCCUCUGUGUUAAUCAUGGACUGGUCACCUGUCUUGAAUGCACCUCUCCAUAACCCCAGAAGCCAAGCAGUUUCUCUGCCCAAAUCCCAGAGACCAACCACGCAUCUGCUUUAUUUAAACCCUGGUAACAUCAGAUGCUGAGCCCUUAUCCCCUGACAUUCAGAUACACAGACCUCGCUGAAUUCAGACCUGAGGGCUUUAAAGCCCCGGUAGCCAUUUCUCAUGGAGGGGAGAGGAGCACUGACACAUGAUAGUUUUGAUUAAAGUAAAAAUUGCAGACUACACUGUUUUUAAUAAAUAGUUAACUGUACAUGACCCCUAAACCUACUGAGUGCAAUUGGGGUACAGCAUCUUUCCCUCCUCUCAGGGGUCAGACUGCACCAGGAACAAAAAACUUUGAGGACUGCCUUCUCUCCUCUUUGGGACUCAGUCACUUUUGGCUUUGGAGAACCCCUCCAGAGUCCCCCACCUUUUGGGAUCACAGACCGAAAAUCCACAUUCCGUAUAAUCCUCUUGACUAUUUCUUAAGUGUGUGAUGCCCAUUUUCAACCUAACACACAUGUAAUUGUGAGUGGUUCUUCAAUGCACUAAAUUUUCAUAACUCUAAUGUCUAUUUAUAAAUCAGAAAAAAAGGGUGUUUUCAUAGUUUUAGAUGUUGUAUGUGUGAUAAACUCAAAUAUUUAUGACUGUUGGAAGUCUAGCUUGAAUGCCAUCCCUUUCCUCUCUGGCUGUGAGAAAACCAAUCCACUUUUAAGUUGUUUCCACUGUGAAUUUAACACAGGCGCUAAGAACUCUUAAAGGACCAAAGCAUGGCACCAGUGCCAUGUCCUCACACAGCAUCUGAAUGUCACGGAGAUGAGCCUCAGAGAGACCAUGAUUGGACUGAUGGUAUGAUGUCAUGAAGUAAGGUUUCAGAAGUGUUUCUACCAAGGCUAUACUCUCAAAGACAGUGGACUUUUCUUUCAAAUGCUGAUCAAAGCCAUGUUUGUAUUCUUAAAACCAUAGCACUUUAUUUUUUAAGUGAAACAAACAGACUUUAAAAUUGAUAAGACACGUGGAGAUACUGACAACCCAGGUCCACCAGUAUCUAGAGAAACACUUGUUACCCUGUAUUAGUGGCUUUGGGGAUUUGUUAAUGUGAUGGUUGUUUUUCUGCUCUGCCUUCUUAUUUGGUAAACAGUUGCUCUCAUCUCAUUUUAGCUGGUGUCUUGUUCAAAGUGCGGUCCUUAGACCAUCACGUCCUGGGAUACGCUUAUGCUCCAGCCCCAGCAUAUUCCUGCUGAGGGUCACUUUGAAGAGCGUGUAGGAGAUUUGCUUACACAGAAAACUUGGGCAACCACUGGUCUGGUCAGUGGUGUUUAUAUCAUUUUAUGGGGUAAAAUCUCAGGGAAAUUAAAUCUGUUCGGUUAACGUGUGUGUCGUGUUCUUUACAUUCUGCAUAAUGUCCCUAAUCCUGUUUGAAGUGUCAGGUUGAGGCUGCAUUAGUUUGUCUCUGUAUAAAUGAAGAUUGCCUCCAUAUAGUUUAACCUGGAGUUGUGUGUAAACUUGUUUUAGAGACAGGGAGUGUUUGUGAAGGGAGCUUACACACCCACCCACAACGUUCCAGCCCCAGAGAGAUACUAUGAACCUGGCCUCUCAUGGAACUGUAUGUUUCAGAAAGCAUAGCUUGCCCACAGAGCAGAAAGCGCACAGCUCAGUCUUGAGAGACAAGUAAAAGAUGAGGACCUGGGAGCCAUCUUUGUAAAGCUUCAGCCGUGAGCUGAGCAGCAUGAAGAGUGAUGUGCCUAAGUCCUUCAAGUAGCCCACUGAAGAAGCAAAAUAAUGCUUGUUCUCUAUCUGGAUUAUCCCUUGAUCCCCCAACACAUACCUAGCAUGCAGGGUUGAGAAUCACUGGAUAGAGCAGGAAGCAGGGUGGAGGUGAAGCAAGAAGCCCCAGUCCUAGCUGCAGAGCUACUGCUGAUUGGUAGCAGGCCGCUGGCAUUGAGGAUGCAGAGUCUUUUUAACAGUAUAACCUGGCAGGUCAACCAUCUCCUGGCUGUCCCACACCCAAGAAUGGCUGGGCAAUACAAAUAAGAUGACAGUUAGUUGGGUGGGGGGAGAGGCAGAGAUAAACCUGGGAGAAGUCAUGGGAGUGGUAAAUGUGAUAAAAAAAAAUA